AUUCGUCUAAUUCAAUCUGCCGCACAUCACUCAAAUAAACAAGAUUAUAUUUUUCCCAUCUAAAUCUUUCUCUUUCAUCUUCAUUCUUUAAAUCCAAGCCCCCUCUCCGGAUCUUCAUCCACCACUUCCAUUUCCACCAGCUCUCCGCCGUUGAUCUGAUUCCAUGUUCCGUACAUAAAGCAUUCAACCUUCCAGGUCGGGAAUCCAAGUUUCCCAUUGUUUCCACUUACCCAGGAAUCCAAUUCCCCUGUAAACAAAUCUUCAUGCAUCCAUUUAUUGUUUCCUUUUAAGUGCUUCAAGAUCUUCUAUUGCGUCUAGCGUUGAUCAAGGGUUUGCUGGAGGAGGUUGAGCUCAAAGUUGGGGUUUUCCUAAUUUGGAAAAAAAACGAUGAGUUGGGAUUUUUCUUUAGCCAUUUGUAUCCAUGCUUUUGGGGUUUUCCAUUGGUAGUUUAAUUUAGGCUAGAUAGUUUAUUUCACACGAAUUGCUUGAUUUGGAAAGCGAUGACUUCAUUGACUUGGGCUUCGUCCAAAGGUUCGAUUUCGAUGACUUCCUACCCGAAAGCCCUUUCGUGGAUGGUAGUUUCCGGGGUGGCAUUGGCUUUUUUCUUACUUUUUGCUUCUUGGGUUUUAGUAACUUACCCGAUUGGUUCCACGGUUAGCUGGUAUUUCUAUGGUGUUGAUAGUAUGCAGAAGUUGGAUUAUUCUACCUCUAUAGGGAAUCCCACUAACCACGAUGCUCCCCUUCCUAAUAAUGUAGAUAGUGUCGAUAAGAAUAUGGUAUCGGAGUCUAAUUCAGAAGUUCCGAAAAGUUCAGUUGAUCCACAAACAAAAGUUGUUAAUCAGAAUAUUCUUACCGAGUCGAAUUCACAAGUACCCUCGAGGUCAGAUGGUUCACUGGUUGUUUCAGAAACUAGAGAGAUCAAAGAUCUGCCGGAUGUGGCAAAGAAUUCAUCCGGUUUAUCAGAUAAUGAAAAUGUUGGAUCAGUAAACUCAACUGGUACAUCAGAGCCUGCAGUUUCAACCGCUUCAUCAAUUGAUGACAGUAUGAUUAAAACUGAUAAGAAUUUGUUAGACGAGUCCAAUCCACAACUGUCCUCGAGUUCAAGUGAUCCAUCAAUAGUUUCGCAAACAAAGGAGAUGAAGGAUAUAUCAGCACCUGCACUCAAGCCAAAUGAUACUACAUCAGCUUCUUCCCAUUUGCCCAACAAUGCAACCAGUGGUGUUUCCGUUGAUUCAGGCUGUGAUCUGUACAGUGGAAGUUGGAUUUAUGAUUCAGCAGGACCGGUAUAUACAAACAAUACGUGCCCUGUCCUGACACAGAUGCAAAAUUGCCAGGGAAAUGGGAGGCCUGACAAGCAGUAUGAGAAUUGGCGAUGGAAGCCCUCUCAGUGUGACCUGCCACGUUUUGAUGCCAGGAAAUUUCUAGAGUUGAUGAGGGGGAAAACAAUAGCUUUCAUUGGUGAUUCGGUUGCUCGAAACCAUAUGGAGUCAUUGUUGUGCAUGCUCUGGCAGGUAGAAGUUCCAAAAAAUCGGGGGAACAAGAGAAUGCAACGUUAUUAUUUCAAGUCGACAUCUAUGUUUGUUGUCCGGAUUUGGUCCUCUUGGCUUGUGAAGCAGACAUCCGAGGCAUUUGAUUUUGCUUCAGAGGGCGUGGCCAAGCUCCACCUUGAUGCCCCUGAUGACAAAUUCAUGGAUCUCAUCCCACAGUUUGAUGUGAUUAUUUUCUCUUCCGGCCAUUGGUUCGCCAAGCAGUCAGUAUAUAUCUUAGACAACGAGAUUGUGGGAGGGCAGUUGUGGUGGCCGGACAAAUCAAGGCCUAUGAAGGUUAACAACAUUGAAGCAUUUGGAAUAUCUGUCGAGACAAUUCUCACUGCUGUUGCUAGACAUCCAAAUUAUACAGGGAUCGCCAUCGUGCGUUCUUAUUCACCUGACCAUUACGAGGGUGGAGCUUGGAACACAGGAGGAUCAUGCACCGGGAAGGUAAAACCUCUUGCACUGGGCGAAGUAGUGGAAAAUGGCUUUACGAACAUAAUGCAUGAAAAACAAGUUAUGGGUUUCAACCGGGCGAUUCAGAAAGGUGUGACAAACAAGUCGAAGUUGAAAUUGAUGGACAUCACGAAACCUUUUGAGUACCGCCACGAUGGGCAUCCAGGCCCGUACAGAAGCCCCGACCCUAAUAAGAAAACACAGCGGGGCCCUGACGGAAGGCCUCCGCCACAGGAUUGCUUGCACUGGUGCAUGCCGGGUCCGGUCGAUACAUGGAACGAAUUUGUGCUUGAAAUUAUAAGGAGAGAAUAUGAGGGCAGCGACAACUCUUCUUCAUGAGUUGGGGCAAAGCUUGCAUGGUAAAUUUUUUUGUUUAAAGUCUUUAUAAAUAUAAGAAAAUGAUUGUAGAGUAAUUAUUUGUUGCAAUAGGUAGGAGGAUUAGCGGCUAAAUUUGUAUUUUGCGAGCAAUUUUAGUUUAGUUACCAUUAUGUGUUUUUGAAUAAAUUAAGUGCUGGCUUGUUUAGAA